AUGGACUUCUUCGAGAAAGAAGCUGACAAAAAAGCUUUUGACAUCUUCCCGUUCUAUAAAGAGUUCACAAUGGAUGUAAUAUGCCGCAUUGCCAUGGGCCAAAAAAGCUCUGAAAUGUUCACCAAUAAAGCUAAAGUGGCCGCCAUUGAUGCUGUAUUUCGACGCAAUUUUCGGCAGCCGCUGUUCUAUUUGGCCAGAGUCGCUCCUUAUUUAAGAGGACUU